CCUGCAUUGGCCACGAUGCUCUCAUCCGAUGACUUUGCAUCUGCUUCUUGGGAGCUCGUGGUCCAGGUGGACCAUCCAAGUAAAGAGAAGGACAAAGACUUCCCGCUGAGAGUGUCCGGAGACCUACACAUUGGGGGAGUGAUGCUCAAGUUAGUAGAAAAGAUCAAAAUAGCUCAGGACUGGUCAGAUUUUGCCCUUUGGUGGGAACAGAAGCAAUGCUGGCUCCUGAAAACACACUGGACCCUGGACAAAUAUGGAGUCCAGGCAGACGCAAAUCUCCUCUUCACCCCUCAGCAUAAAACGCUUCGCCUCCGCCUGCCAAACAUGAAGACGGUGAGGUUGAGAGUCAGCUUUUCUGAUGUGGUUUUUAAAGCCGUCAGUGAUAUCUGCAAAACCCUGAAUAUUAGAAGAUCAGAAGAACUUUCCUUGUUAAAGCCUUCUGGCGACUAUUUUAAAAAGAAGAAAAAAAAAGACAAGAAUAAUAAGGAGCCCAUAAUUGAAGACGUUUUAAACCUGGAGAGUUCUCCCACAAUUUCUGGGCCACCAGUAAGCCCUGGCUUGUACAGUAAAACUAUGACUCCCACAUAUGACCCUGCCAAUGGAUCACCAGUGUCAUCCACCAUGACUUGGUUCAGUGACAGCUCUUUGCCUGAACAAAACUGCAGCAUCCUUGCAUUCAGCCAACCGCCCCAGCCACCAGAAGUGCUGACCGAUAUGUACCAAUCUCUGUCUCUGGUCGAUAAAGCCAAACUAAAUGCAGGUUGGCUGGACUCCUCGCGUUCCCUCAUGGAACAAGGCAUCCAGGAGGAUGAGCAGCUGCUGUUACGAUUUAAAUACUACACUUUCUUUGACUUAAAUCCCAAAUAUGAUGCUGUCCGAAUAAACCAACUCUAUGAGCAAGCCAGGUGGGCCAUUGUCUUGGAAGAAAUUGACUGCACAGAGGAAGAAAUGUUGAUCUUCGCAGCACUGCAGUAUCACAUUAGCAAACUGUCAUUGUCAGCUGACAUACAGGAUUUUACAAAUGAGUCUGAGGUCGAUGAAGUAGAAGCAGCACUUUCUAAUCUGGAAGUGACCCUUGAAGGUGGAAAAGCGGACAACACUUUGGAGGACAUUACUGAUAUCCCUAAACUUGCAGAUAAUCUCAAAUUAUUUAGGCCCAAGAAGCUAAUAUUAAAGGCUUUCAAACAAUAUUGGUUUGUCUUUAAAGACACAUCUAUAGCCUACUUUAAAAAUAAGGAACUUGAACAAGGAGAACCAAUAGAAAAAUUAAACCUUAGAGGCUGUGAAGUUGUGCCAGAUGUGAAUGUGGCAGGAAGGAAAUUUGGAAUCAAGCUACUAAUCCCUGUUGCUGAUGGUAUGAAUGAAGUCUAUCUGAGAUGUGACCAUGAGAAUCAAUAUGCCCAAUGGAUGGCUGCCUGCAUCUUAGCAUCAAAGGGAAAAACCAUGGCAGAUAGCUCCUACCAGCCAGAGGUCCUCAACAUCCUUUCAUUUCUGAGGAUGAAAAACCGGAACGCGACAUCUCCAGUGGCUCCCAGUCUCGAAAACAUGGACGUGAACCCAGAAUGUUUUGUGUCACCUCGCUGUGCAAAAAAACACAAGUCUAAGCAGCUGGCUGCCCGGAUUAUGGAAGCCCACCAGAAUGUAGCCCAGAUGUCCCUGGUGGAGGCCAAGCUGCGAUUUAUUCAGGCAUGGCAGUCUCUACCUGAAUUCGGCCUUACCUAUUACCUUGUCAGAUUUAAAGGAAGCAAGAAAGAUGACAUUCUGGGAAUAUCAUAUAAUAGGUUGAUUAGAAUCGAUGCAACCACUGGUAUUCCAAUUACCACAUGGAGAUUCACCAAUAUGAAACAGUGGAAUGUAAACUGGGAAAUCCGUCAGGUGGCAAUCGAGUUUGACCAGAACGUCUCCAUUGCGUUCACCUGCCUGAGUGCAGAUUGCAAGGUUGUGCACGAAUACAUCGGUGGCUACAUUUUCUUGUCCACCCGUUCCAAGGACCAGAAUGAAACACUCGACGAGGACCUGUUCCACAAGCUGACAGGUGGUCAGGAAUGA